UCUCUUUCCCCCACUCCACCCCGCUGCUAAUCUCAGGCCUCCUUCCUCAUAGCAAACACUUUCUGAACAGUGUGUAGGAGUGGGUGAGUCAGGGACAGAGAGAAAGAGAGGGGACUUUUCUCCUACUCUCUCUCUUUCUCUCUCUCUUGCUUUUCUCUUGCUUUGUGGAGAAGUCAGCAUUUUGGAAACCGAGAGCGCUUCCAGAGAAGUUGAGUGCAAGGAAGUUCUUAUGAUAUAGAGAUCUAGCUAUUUGUCUAAGCUUGUUUUGGAAGGCAGAGCAAAGAGAGAGGAGGGACGGAUCAGGUGCAGCUUUUGAAAGAGUGGGAAGAAAACAUAGCAACGCGCUGGGAGUGACAAGCGGCUGCCAAGCCCAACUUGGAAGUUCGAGGCAAGGAGCCUUUUAUUAUCACCUUGGCUCCUUUGCAAAUUUCCCUGUUUUUCUUCUUCUUCAGUUGUUCUACGGGCAAGUUUCGAGCUGGGAAAUUAUUCUGAAUUUCCACCAGGCUUCUUGGCCGGUGAGAUUUCUUUUCCUCCCCUUCUCCUUUGGAUCCAUCAUUGAAGCGUUCUCUGGGGUGCUGACUUCACCGGGCGUUUCGUCACUUGUUUUCUGCGACAGAUUCUCGUCUUUCGGAUUUUUAACUUCGCAACAAAGUUGGAAGUCCGAUCGCUGGAGAGAGAAAACGUCCCUGCCCCAGCCCUCCUCCAAUGAAACAUUAGACUGCCUCGGGAGCUGAGAUUCGGUGGGAAAAUGGGUCACUUUGGCCUCUCUUUUCUCUCCUGCCUACUGGUUUGGUGGAUGGGCAACCUCAGUAACCAGGAAGCUGUGGACUUCUUGGAGGGCCCGUUCAACCUGACGUCCUCCUUGGGCAAGGAUGUGAAACUGUCCUGUUCUGUCCAUGCUAUUGGAGAGCCGCUGGAGGUCAGCUGGCUACGCGAUGGCGCCACGUUGGCGCUUGCCGACACUAACCAGGUUCAGGUGCCGUUGGAUGAAGAAGAGUGGCUGACCACCAGCGUGCUGAGCAUCCCUUCUGUGCAGCUUUCGGAUAUGGGAAAUUACCAAUGUGCAGUGUUGGUGAACGGGUCAAACAUCCUCUCUGACAAAGCGUAUUUGGGACUGGAAGGUCUUCCCUUUUUUGCUGAGGAGCCCCAAGAUCUGGCGGUCACAGCUGGGGCCCCUUUCAACCUCACCUGCAGAGCUGAGGGUCCGCCAGAACCAGUGCAAUUGAUCUGGUUGCAGGACAGUGUUCCCCUCAACGCUCUGGGCGACCCUCUGUCCCGGACCCCUUCGGUACUGGCUGUGUCAGGCCUGAAUCGCAGCACAUCCUUUUCGUGUGAGGCUUACAAUGCAAAGGGAAUGAGCACCUCUCGAACAGCCGCAGUGACAGUGGUCCCCGGACGGCCGCGCACCUUGUCCCUUGUGCACUCCACUGACCGCAGCCUGGAAGUCGUGUGGGAGCCCGGUCCUAGCGGGGCCUACGUGCUGGAGGUCUGCACCAUCCAGGCUGUGCGCUCGGAUGAGGAUCUCAGCACCGUCUCUGAGCGGGCACUCUAUAACCAGAACCUCAAUGUGCCCCCCUUCAGCCACACCCUGUUCGGCCUGACCCCCUUCACCCAGUACCACGUCCGCGUGUCCUGUCGAUCCAGAGAGGGUAACUCCCCGUGGACCCACUGGGUGGCUAUGGAAACCCUGGAAGGAGUGCCAACAGCUGCCCCAGAGAACAUCACGGCCUUUCAAAAUGGCACCUGCACCAUCGUACAGUGGGGGGAGCCGCGAGGCCAUGUCAACGGGGUCCUGCGUGGAUACAAACUCAUCUGCCAAAGAGGUGACUCGCCUGAGGUGGUUGUGGACGUGGGAUUGACCCAUGAGAGAGUCUUGGAGUGGAAUCCACCCGUGAAGAAUCUGAGUGUCCGAGUUGCAGCCUACACAGGGGCAGGCGAUGGGCCCUGGAGUAACGCUGUCAUGAUUUCCCCCUUGGGUUACGGUAACGAAUAACCCUUGCCACUCUGCUCCAUAGUAGAAAACACUGGCUUCGCCUUCUCCUGGCACUGGUGGUAUGUGGUGAUAGCUGUAGCAGUGGCUGCCGUCGCCGCGGUUUUCAUCAUCAUCUUCUUGACACGAAUGAGGAGGAAGGAAACACGAUAUGGGGAAGCCUUUGAACCCAGCAUGGAGCAGGGAGAACUGGUGGUUCACUACCGUGUCCGCAAAUCCUACAGUCGCCGAACUACCGAAGCCACCUUGAACAGUCUGGGGAUUAGUGAAGAGUUGAAGGAGAAGCUGAGAGAUGUGAUGAUCGAUCGCCACAAGGUGGCCCUGGGAAAAACCCUUGGGGAAGGAGAGUUUGGCUCUGUCAUGGAGGGGCAGCUCAGCCAAGACGGGGCAGUCCAGAAGGUUGCUGUUAAGACCAUGAAAAUUGCUAUCUGCACCCGCAGCGAGAUGGAAGACUUCCUCAGCGAGGCAGUCUGUAUGAAAGACUUCGACCACCCCAAUGUCAUGAAGUUGAUUGGAGUCUGUUUGCAGAAUACAGAAAGCGAAGGAUACCCUUCUCCAGUGGUAAUCUUGCCCUUCAUGAAACACGGAGACCUUCACAGCUUCCUGCUGUACUCCCGGCUUGGGGAGAGCCCCCUGUACCUGCCCCCACAGACGUUGGUCAAGUUCAUGACGGACAUUGCUAGCGGGAUGGACUAUCUCAGUAGCAAGAACUUCAUACAUCGUGACCUCGCUGCCCGCAACUGCAUGCUGAAUGAGAGCAUGACGGCCUGCGUGGCUGACUUUGGCCUUUCCAAAAAGAUCUACAACGGGGACUAUUAUCGGCAAGGCCGUAUCUCCAAGAUGCCCGUCAAGUGGAUCGCCAUUGAGAGCCUGGCAGACCGCGUUUACACCAUCAAGAGUGAUGUGUGGUCAUUCGGCGUCACCAUGUGGGAGAUAGCGACACGAGGCCAAACGCCGUACCCCGGUGUGGAAAACAGUGAGAUUUAUGACUACUUGCGCCAAGGCAACCGCCUCAAACAGCCGAUCGACUGCCUAGAUGGCCUGUACGAACUUAUGAUGAGCUGUUGGGCCCUCAACCCACGUGACCGUCCCAGCUUUGAGGUCUUGCACCGGGCACUAGAGAAGAUCUUCAAGUCCCUCCCGCCAGCCAAGGACCCCGAAGAGAUCCUCUAUGUCAACAUGGAUGACGGAGUGGCUGCCGAAGAAACUGAGUUGGGGGCUGUUGGGGGCCUGGGCCCUGAGGAGCCCCUUGCCAAGGAGAACCAGCCUCUCAAGACCACUGUGACAGCGGCCGAUGUGCACCAGCCUCAAGCCAUGGGUCGCUACGUGAUGUGCCCCACCCCACACGAGAGCAGCCGGCUGCUGACUGAGGCCCCCGGCUGUGCUGCCACAGAAGAAGGGGCUUGACUGCUCCCCUUAGUCCAGAGGGGAGGAAGGUUACAAGCAACCCUACAUGGCAGAGUCUCUAUAGAGUUCAGAAAGCCCCACCUCUGUGAGGAGGGGCUUCGUUGGACACCCCACAAAUGUCUCCCCUUUCCUUCCCAGAAUGAACCACUACCCCCAGUCCGCCUGACCCAUUUUCCCCUUAGAGAUGAUACCAGGGGG